UAAUUAGGCCAUACUGUUCUUGUCAUGGGUAUUAUUGAAGAAGCAAGACACUUUCUUGAUAACUCAUUGCCAGAGGAGGCAUUGGAGCUUCUCACAUCCAAGCUUGUAGAAAACCAAGCCGAUAUAGAGUAUUUACAACUAUAUGGGGAAGUUUUAUUGGAGAAUAACCAGGUUGAAGAUGCUUAUAAUCUUUUCAUCAAAACAUGUGAAAUGGAUCCAAUAGCUGACAAAGGAGUGGAAAAAUUCCUCUACCUAGGACAAAUCAUUGGGGGAGAAGAUGGUAUAGCUUAUUUGGAUGUGGGAUUAAACAAGUUGAACGAACAGUUUGAAAAUGGAAAUAAAGAUAUAAAGACUAUCAAGAAACUCAACGAAGGUAUAUUCGCUAAAAUCGAAAUCUGGAUGACAGACUUGUGUAUGGAGCCUGAAGCCGAAUCCAAAUGUGAUGAACUUAUCGACUAUGCGUUGAAGGUCGACGAUUCUUACCCGGAAACGUAUUCUUUGCUAGCUUCCAUCAGAAUCAGUCAACAAAGAAAUGAAGAUGCUGAAGAAGCUCUUGCUAGAUCGUGGGAAUUGUUCCAACAAAGAAAGCAAAAGAUCCAGCUUGAGUCAAUCAAUGACGAAAUGAAUUUUGAAGUGAUCGAGUUGAUCCAGCCGUUCAUUACCAUUAUUAAAUUUGCAAUCGAAUUGGAACUUUAUGACUUGGCUAUAGAAGUGUGUCAGGCCACUCAAGACAUCAACGACCAGAUCUUAGACAUUUACUACUACGAAGUGUUGGCCAAUUUGUUCAAGUCCAAGCAGCAGUAUCCACAAAGAGACAAACAAACCGACUAUAGAGACCUACCAAACAGUGUAGUAGAUGAAGAUACUAAAAGCGAUGUCAAGCUCAUAUUGACAAGUGCAUUCAAAAUUCUCCAAACCAGUGACGACUUGGAUCCGGAGUUAACAGAGUCCAUAAACAGUCUUUUAGCUGAAUUUGGAGGGCCCAUAAUGAGUGAGUUGAUGCCUCAGAGAGGUGACGAUAAUGACGACGGCUGGGAAGACGAGAUUGAUGAUAAUUAGAUCCGUGUGUUUUGAACUAUACAUGAAAUAUUGCCAAUAAAUGCCUUAAACCUGUUGAUCAAUGAGUUUAUCCAACUUCUGCUGUAGUUUCUUUAAGUGGGACCACUUUUUGGAAUAGAAUCUCAAUAAUUCCAGGAUUUCUGGGAGGUUUUCGAAUUUGGUAGGAUAUUCAAGUACCACCUCUACACUGAUUUUCAAACCCCAAAUAAGAAUAGAUAAAUGAAGCAGCCAGGCCUCAUUUAAAAGCACGAGAUAUGUAAUGAUGUUCUUGGCAGCAGUGAGUUUUACACCGGUCAUCCGAUUUUGCGGACCUUGAACCGGUAACAGAAUAAGAAUCGAGUUUCUUGAGACUCUCAGUAUGAUCUCCAACAUAUUAUCAUUAUAUCGGGAAAAACUGGAGCUCAAAGUGGAGAUUUGUGGUACACCUUUCCCAAUUUCGAAAAGAGGUUCCAUAUUACAGUUGUCAUAACAAUAUCCAAACUCAUCAUAUUGGAAUAACCCCAAAUAGUUAGCUUGACUUACUCCAGACAAUACUGAAGCGUUAUCAAUUGGUUUAAGGGCAUUGAUAAACUUGAGCAAGUAUGCGUUGGUAGGGAGUUUGCUUGAUAUAGAACUGAAGGUCAAGUUUGAGUAUUUAGGUUUGCCAAACAGGCUGCACCCUAUGAUCAUACAUAUGCAGUUUAUAACGUAAACGGACCAUAUAAGGCCCCUCCUGUGUUCUCUAAUCUUUUCUGGAAGUGUUGAAGGAUCUGCUUCCUCAUCUAAUUUCAACGAAACAGCAAGGUUGACGGCAGAAGAAAUGUCAUUCAUAUAGCCUACUGCACCUGAGGGGUACACUGUGAAGCUCAUGGCCAAGAGCAUAUGAACCAACAUCCGUACGAACUUGUUUUUUUCCAAACGUCCUAACAACAACAAAAACUGGCGAAUCUUGAACUCAAGCAGGUCAUUGAAUUCCAGCAAUCUGGUCUCGAAGUCCACGUCACCAAGAAAUCUCCUCAUGAUCGGCUCGCUUAGUU